AUGCGUAUCCCCCAUAUCAACACAGACGUCGCUCAACAGCAGCCACAGAACUCGUUCGCACAGCCGCCGGGCUGGGGCUCCCACAUCACCUAUCCCGCCGGUGCCGUCGUAGGCUACAACGGAACAAUCUGGCGAUGCGAGAGCACCCACACAAGCGGUCAAGAGCCCUCUGGUGCUCCCACUCAAAACUUGCAUCUAUGGACGCCCAUUGGAGCCAAUGGAUCAAGUUCCAACUAUAACGCUCCCCCACCAUCCUAUGGGACACCUUCGCAACAGGCUAGUGGCGUCCCUUCCUACCAGGCUGCUGUAGGUUCUACUCACGCACCCCAGUAUCCCGCCAUUGGUGAGAAGCCUGCCUCUGGAUCUUCUUAUCCCAAUGAGAAGACGUCUGGACAGGCACCGGGACUCUCCAAGCAGGCCGAUGAUGCGGCGCGCCGUCUUGCCAUCUAUGAAGAAGGUCGACGUGUGGGAAACAAGGACGAGUUGAAAAAGGAAGUGGGAGGAUCGAGCCUGUUCCGUGUCGGCGGUGUCGGUAUAUGGUCGUACAGCACGGAUCAGAAGGAGGAACGGGUCAAGGAAAAAGUCUGGAAAGAGUGGUCCGAGAAGCACUCGAGAGAUGAUUGGCUGCAAGUUGCGCGUGAAAGGACCAGAUUCUAUAUCGACAAUGUGGGUCCUCAUAAUGUUCGACCAUUAUUCACCUGGAAGCUGGUCGAACCCGGGCAGCGACUACCUCCCGAUGCCCUCCCGAUCGGCAACGAGAGAGACGGGUCCGUUCUAUACUCGGCGCGGACAUGGCAUCAAGGUGGCCUUCACCUAGGAAAAGCUGGCCAUCACAUCAAUAACGGUGCAUCCAUCUCAUACGGCGGCGGUGAGAUCACCCACAGCACGUACGAGGUUUUCUGUGGCCCUAUCGAUGAGCCGUAUCUCGUCAAGUGGAUGUACUAUCCCCACGGUCAAAGAGUAGUCGUGGAUGGUUGGCAGCCCGUCGAAGGUGGCCGAGAGAGGGACGGAAGAGCGAUCUUUUUGUGUCGAGGCUCUUUCGAGGGGGGCCAACAUCCCGGAAAGUGCAGCACCAUGGACGAUCACUCCUGUGUCGGAUACGGCGGCGGAGAAGUUUGGGUCCGCCCCUUCCAAAUCCUUGCCUACGCCAACCCUAAUCGCCUGUAA